AAAGUACACAAAGUCAUUUCUAGAAUGCUCGAAGAAAACGAAAAAUAUAGACUCAGGCUGAAAUGCCAACAAUUAUCUAGUGAAAACUCAGAUUACACAAGAUGAAUCUUCUCAUCAUCUUCUGGUCUGGGAAGAAAGGCACCAGGAUGGUGAAGCUGAACAGUACCCCCGGCGAGAAGGGCGCCAAGCCGCCCUCGGUGGAGGCCGGCUUCCAGACCGUCCCCCUCAUCACCCCCCUGGAGGUGAAUCACCUGCAGCUGCCGGCUCCGGAAAAGGUGAUCGUGAAGACAAGAACGGAGUAUCAGCCCGAACAGAAGAACAAAGGGAAGUUCCGGGUGCCGAAGAUCGCCGAGUUUACGGUCACCAUCCUGGUCAGCCUGGCCCUCGCGUUCCUCGCCUGCAUCGUGUUCCUGGUGGUGUACAAAGCCUUCACCUACGACCACAGCUGCCCGGAGGGCUUUGUCUACAAGCACAAGCGCUGCAUCCCGGCCUCCCUGGACGCCUACUACUCGUCGCAGGACCCCAGCUCCCGGAGCCGCUUCUACACGGUCAUCAGCCACUACAGCGUGGCCAAGCAGAGCACCGCGCGUGCCAUCGGGCCCUGGCUCUCGGCCGCCGCCGUCAUCCACGAGCCCAAGCCGCCCAAGACCCAGGGCCACUAGGGGCCACCGCAGCCCGGGGGAGGGGGCAGGGGGCCCCCGCUGGCUAAGCCAAGCUCCAGUUACCAGACAAGGCUGUUCCCCUGGGGUGGGGGGCGGGGGGCUCCCCUGAACUUCCCUGCGCUGGCGUUGUCCAAAUCGCUUUCUUUUCGUCCCUGGUAUUGUCGCUUCUCCCCGAGUCAGGCUCGUGUACAAAGGCAUGUUGCGUGUUGACCGUCCCCAUGUAAGACAUGUUCAAGGCCACUGC